AUGGCGAACCAGUUGGCCUGGCCCGAUGACACCGCAGCACCCCAAUGGGGGAAGCUCGUGGAUGCCGUGAAAGCCAACAAGGCUACCGAGGCUCUGGGUCGGGGCUUCGGGUUCAAGCUUCAGAAGAAGAAAGGUGUUAAAGGUAUCCAACAUUUCCGCGUGGUACAGGCGGAGCUCGACAACAUCAAGCGCGAAGGCCAUCCGGGGCUGUUGCUCUCAAAGCUCUACAAGAUCAAAGCCUUGUGCCCCGAGUCUCUGAAUCCGGACGACACAAUUUUGGCCAAGUUGGGCCGGGGCUCAAGCCGAGGGGGAAUUGGCGCAGGCGGGUACAUCGGAGAUCCUGGUAUGCUAACGUUCCUCAACGACACCAAAAUGCCUUUGGGUUCUUCCUCCAACGGCCCAAACGCUGUGCUGACGAACUGCACCUCCGGAAUCUACGGUACGAUGGAGAAGCGCGAGAAGACGCAGGCGCUCCUCGUUGAUUUCCUUUCCCUGCGCACGGCGAACGAGGUCUCGCUCUUCAAGAUGUACGUGGCGAAGCUCCAGGAGUUCACUUCUGGGGGCAAGAACGCCUUCAAGCUCGAUCCUGCCAAAGAGGAGCUGCUGGCUCAGGAGCUGCAAGAUGACUAUGCCAAGACGGUCAGCAUGUUUACGAAGAUCGCAUCUGCGCUCGGGGACAGUGGGUCCAUCGAAGACUACGGGCUGAAAGUCCAAUCCUACUGCCAGACCUGGCUGCGCAACGGUGGCGGGAAGGGAGGCGAAGUGGGGAACGCGCAGUUCAGUGUCAUGAGCCCGCAUUUUCAGACACGCUUCUUCGUGGCGUCUGCGACGAAGUUGGCUGCUGCCAAGGUGACUAAGGCCGAGAAGGAGGCUUAUCUCAACAUCCUGGAGCACUUCGACGAGGUCAUGGAAACAGCAGGUUACAGCGGCGCUGAUGGCCCGGCUUUCGUGAAUCUGGACGGUCUGCUGGAAAGGCUGUCGAGGAGCCGCUGA